AUGUCGAAUCGCACAAAGCGGAAGCUCGAGCACUUCGAUCCGAACGCGUCGGAUCCCGACGAUCACGACUGGGACGCCGCGGAACGUCCUUCACCACAACGCCGAAGGAAGCGACACACGUCUGGCGCACCGAGGAAGAAGGGCAGUAAACGCCAGCGCCGCGGUUAUAGCGGGUCCGACGUCGACGACGACGACCAGAUCGUGACCGACGACUCUUUUACCGACCGCUCGUCUUCGGAAGAGGUUGAAAUCAACCCCAACACGGGCCGCAGCGUGCGUCGCGCGACCAAGAAGCAGAUAAAAUACGAAGAGAGCGAAGAAGACGAGAUCCAAGACACGCCCUCGGAGAGCGACAGCCCUGCGCCGCGCCGCCGCAACAAGGCCCACCAGAGCAUCGAGCAUCCGUCCCUCAUAGUGAAGCUCCAGAUCGGCGAGGACGCAGCGCGGAACCUCAACUCUACAAUGUCAAGCGGAAGGAACUUGCGCACCCGCCAGGGCAGCAAGUCCAUCGCCAACACGCGCGGCGAAACGCCAAAUCCGUUUGGCACGAGACGUAGUAGUCGUUUGUCCCACGAUGUUGAAGAGCCCAUUGUAGCUCUGUCCGACUCCGGCAAGCACGUCAACGUAGUCCGCCAGGGUACGCGCAGCCCCGAGCCUAUGCCUACCACGCGAGCGACGCGAGGCGCCAAGGCACCCAGGGCCAGCGCCAUCAUGGAGGCAUCGCAGGAAGACUCGAUGGUACAUCGCGACACCAGUGUUGGUCCGCUCGACGACCUGUUCGCUAAGAACACCGAGACACAGGUACAGGCGAGCCAUGAAGCGUCACCAGAGCAAGAAGCUCAAGCCGCCAAGGAUGAUGCUGAGGGCGAGGAUGAUGACGAGCAGAUGCAGGAGGGCGUCAUUCAGGAAUCCCAGCAUGAUCCACUCGCAGCCGACGAUUCAGAGGAAGAGGGCCCCGUGACUCGCGGUGGCGCGAGAAAUCUUAGGUCCGCAGCAAAGCCCAAGCGAGGCGUCGACGAGAGCAGCGACUUUGAGCCUGCUCCAGAAGAGGAGAAAGAGGACGAAGAAAUGUCUGAGGACGAUCAGCCCCAGGGCCAUCGGUCGACAUCCGAAGACAGUGGUUCCGGCUCCGGCAGGAGGUCCAAUCGCACUCGGAAGAGACGGACUAGGAGUCGUCGACAAUCCAAUUCGUCCGGUGAAGGAUCUGAUCUGGAUCAUGACGAGCUGGCCGAAGAAGCAGUCGAGUUGGGAGCCACCAAAAGGCGCCGCCUCAACAGGAACGUCCCAGACAGCGACCUUGCUUACGACAAACCUCAGCGACGUAAUCGUGCCCGAAACCAGGUCGACUAUCGCAUUGUCCGCCCAGAACUUAAUGCGGCAUUCGAUGAUGAAGAAGGUGCCGCUGCGGCAGCCGACAAGUCUCGGUCUAGGGCAGGAGGCGGCGCCAAAUACCGGAGUCUCUUCAGCAACCAGGGUCCAUUUGGUGGUGGCCUCGAAGCCGGUGCAAUGGGCGGCGCUGAUUCAGAUAGCAGCGAUGAGGAAGUGCAGAAGAUGCCUAGACCGUCGAUAGGCGGCGCCAUUGGCAUGACUCCAACCACAGCAACAGCCCCCGGCUUUGGCUUCCCACAGACUCACAAUGCUGAUCCGCAACAGGCGGGAGCAGGUGGUGGCCCGGCCAACUUAGGCAAAGUCAAGGACAAGAAGGCUCUCGCAGAUGCCGACCCUCUGGGCGUCGAUCCGAAUGUUACCUUUGACGAAGUCGGUGGCCUAGGAGAUCACAUCAACAAGCUCAAAGAGAUGGUGCAGCUCCCCUUACUUUAUCCCGAAGUGUUCAUUCACAAGAAGAUCACGCCUCCACGGGGUGUUUUGUUCCACGGCCCUCCCGGAACCGGUAAAACACUGCUCGCCCGUGCGCUCUCCUCCAGUGUCAGCAAAUCCGGUCAAAAGGUUAGCUUCUACAUGCGCAAGGGUGCCGAUGCACUCAGCAAAUGGGUUGGUGAAGCCGAACGCCAGCUUCGUCUGCUUUUCGAGGAAGCGCGCAAGAAUCAGCCAAGUAUCAUCUUCUUCGACGAGAUAGACGGUCUGGCACCUGUGCGAUCUAGCAAGCAAGAGCAGAUUCACGCAUCCAUCGUGGCGACAUUACUAGCCCUUAUGGAUGGCAUGGAUGGUCGUGGGCAAGUUAUUGUUAUCGGUGCUACCAAUAGGCCUGAUUCGGUCGAUCCUGCACUGCGGCGACCAGGCCGAUUCGAUCGCGAGUUCUACUUCCCUCUGCCCGAUGCUGGAGGUCGACGCGCUAUUAUCGACAUCCACACGAAAGGCUGGGAACCAGCUUUGAAACCAGAAAUCAAAGACCAGUUGGCAGAGUUGACGAAGGGCUACGGCGGUGCCGAUCUCCGCGCUUUGUGUACUGAAGCCGCGCUGAAUGCGGUGCAGGGAACAUACCCCCAAAUCUACACGUCUGAGAGGAAGUUGCUCAUAGACGCUAAGAGCAUCAAGGUUCUCGCUAAGGAUUUCAUGAUCUCGGUCAACAAGAUCGUGCCGUCUUCGCAGCGUACGGCCACAUCGAAAGCAGCACCGCUUCCGAAGGGCAUCGAGCCACUGUUGCGCAAGCCACUGAAGGAACUGCAAGAACGUCUCGAUCAGCUCAUACCUCGAAGAAAGAAGCUUACAGCGCUCGAAGAAGCCCAAUACGAUGAUCGAGAUGAGGAGAAGGGCUUCGAGAAAGAAAUGCUCAUGCGCAGCUUCACGAACAAUCGGAUGUUCCGGCCACGUUUGCUCAUCAACGGACUGGAAGGCAUGGGGCAGCGCUACCUCAGUGCAGCACUGCUUAGCAAAAUCGAAGGUCUACACGUCCAGUCCUUUGAUCUCCCAACGAUUUACGAGGACUCAACUCGACCGCCUGAGCAAGCGAUAAUCCAGCUCUUCAAUGAAGUGAAACGCCACAAACCCAGCGUCAUCUACAUCCCAGCCGUCGAUGUAUGGUACGAUUCGCUCCCGGACGCCGCGUUGAAGAUGUUCAACAUGAUGCUCAGAGACAUCCAGGCGAAUGAGCCUGUCUUGCUGUUGGGUGUCAUGGAGCAGGAGCACGAGAAUGAGCGUCUGAAUCCUCGCAUGAUGAAAGACCUGUUUGCCUACACGAAGCAGAACAUUUACGACCUGAGGAGACCGGAUCAAGAAGCGCGGCGCGAGUUUUUCACUGAAGUGUCCACCUACAUACGCAUGUCACCUACAGACUUCCCGGAUCCAGACAAUCGCAAGAAGCGGAUACUCCCGGAGCUGCCUCCUGCGCCCAUCGUUGAGCCAGUCAUAGAUCCCCGCGAAAUGGCAGCUCGGGAGAAGGCGCAACGCAAACAGGACCGCAUGACCUUGAACAAGCUCAAAAUCACCAUCCAGCCUAUCAUGGAUCAGUUGAAGAAGUCCUACCGGAAAUUCUUCAAGGCUUGCUUAGACGAGACGUGGUACUCGUACUUGUUGACAGAAACCGACCCGAACCACAUCACCACGGACCUUCCGCCUGAACAGCAGCAGCAGCAGGAGAACGAGCGCCACUGGGCAUUCUCGAAAGACAACAAAGGUGUGGAUAUGCUGCUCCACAUCCCGAGUGGUAACAAGUAUUACAAUCUCGAUCUCGGUAACAUCGAGAAGAGGUUAUCGAAUGGGUACUAUAAGAGGCCACGGGACUUCCUCUUCGACAUUAGAACUUUGGCAAAAGAUUCCAAGACUUUCGGGGACACAGAACGAACGUUGAAGGCCAAUGAGAUGGUGACAAACGUGGAGGUAGACAUUGAAGGGAUCAUACAAGGCAAUCCAGCUCUAGCAGCAGAGUGUGAGGCUCUCUAUCUGCGAGAACUUGAACGGGAGAAGAAGGCCAAAGAAAAGCGUGAGAGGGACAUUGCCGCCGGCAACGAGCCCACCGCUGUUCCUCCUAUACCACCGCAGCAGUCGACCACCACCGCUGAAUCGUCCGGUCCCAUUGUGCUAGGAGAGCCAGUACCAGCGUUCGAUGCAGCACCCCCUGUCACACCCAUACGGCCAUUUCCACCGGCUGCUCCUCUCACAAACGGGACAAGUGGGGAACAGAAUGGAUCUACUGUACCAUCCCGAACAGAUGCAGACACGCAUAUGACGGAUAGUCAGGAUCUUGAUGCCCAUACGCAGCAUCACGAGCUCCAGACGCCUGGUGGAAUGGGAACGCAAACGCAGAAGUCACAGAUAUCGGCUCGCACCUUCGUUGCGCCCAACUCAAACCCCCACGAGUACCAGAAUAGUGCCUCAACGACCACCUCUGGGAAGAAGACUUCGGAUCGAUCAUCGGGCGCGCGCUUCAGCACGCAAUACAACACCCAAAGCACAAACGGCAAUGCUCCGGCUGGGGCGCCAGACUUCUCAGAGAUGGCGCCUCAGCCCGGCGGCUCACAGCUCCCGGACACACAAGGUUUGUCAAGUUCGUACAUGUCAGCUCCUCCCCACCACCAGCUCAAGCCUAACCUGCCGCCUAUUCCAGAAUUCCCAUCAGAAGACAUCAGCAGCCAAGCGCCGCCCUCACAGGCGUCCUCCGACCACCGCGACAUGCCCGCGCCCGCCGUCCCCGCGGCCCCGGCGCCCUAA